GCCAGACGCCUGACUGGAGGCGGACCAAGCGGCCAGCUGCCUCUCUCCGGUCAGCCCGGCGCUUGGACCCCUCUCUCUCACCUGCUCUUCGUGGGGCAGCUGCCUCCUGCUCGUCCGGCCAUGCAGUGGCCGUGGCCGCUGGCCGUCUCUCUUGCUGUGGUGUUGGCCGCGGGGCUGGGCAGAGUGUCUGGGGGUGCCGCCCUGCACUCGGGCGGGCACAGAGCCGAGGCCCAGGAGCAGCAGAGCCGGUCCAAGAGAGGCACUGAGGAUGACGAGGCCAGGGAGGUGCAGCAGUAUGUGCCCGAGGAGUGGGCCGAGUACCCGCGGCCCAUCCACCCUGCUGGCCUGCAGCCCACCCAGGCCUUGGUGGCCACCAGCCCCAACCCAGACAAGGACGGGGGCAGCCCAGGCGGCAGGCGGGAGCCUCGGGGCAAUCUGACGGGGACGCCGGGUCAGAGGCUGCAGAUUCAGAACCCCCUGUACCCGGUGACCGAGAGCUCCUACAGUGCCUAUGCCAUCAUGCUCCUGGCCCUGGUGCUGUUCGCUGUGGGCAUCGUGGGUAACCUGUCGGUCAUGUGCAUCGUGUGGCACAGCUACUACCUGAAGAGUGCCUGGAACUCUAUCCUCGCGAGCCUGGCCCUCUGGGAUUUUCUGGUCCUCUUUUUCUGCCUCCCUGUUGUUAUCUUCAAUGAGAUCACCAAGCAGAGGUUGCUGGGUGACGUUUCUUGCCGGGCCGUGCCCUUCAUGGAGGUCUCCUCCCUGGGAGUCACCACCUUCAGCCUCUGCGCCCUGGGCAUCGACCGCUUCCAUGUGGCCACCAGCACCCUGCCAAAGGUGAGGCCCAUCGAGCGGUGCCAGUCCAUCCUGGCCAAGCUGGCUGUCAUCUGGGUGGGCUCCAUGAUCCUGGCUGUGCCCGAGCUCCUGCUGUGGCAGCUGUCGCAGGAGCCUGCCCCCGCCACGGGCACUGUGGACUCCUGCAUCAUGAAACCCUCGGCCAGCCUGCCCGAGUCCCUCUACUCGCUGGUGAUGACCUACCAGAACGCCCGCAUGUGGUGGUACUUUGGCUGCUACUUCUGCCUGCCCAUCCUCUUCACGGUCACCUGCCAGCUGGUGACGUGGCGGGUGCGGAGCCCUCCCAGGAGGAAGCCGGAGUGCCGGGCAGGCAAACACGAGCAGUGCGAGAGCCAGCUCAACAGCACCGUGGUGGGCCUGACCGUGGUCUACGCCCUCUGCACCCUCCCCGAGAACGUCUGCAACAUCGUGGUGGCCUACCUGUCCACUGAGCUGACUCGCCAGACCCUGGACCUCCUGGGCCUCAUCAACCAGUUCUCCAUCUUCUUCAAGGGAGCCAUCACCCCCGUGCUCCUCCUGUGUAUCUGCAGGCCACUGGGCCAGGCCUUCCUGGGCUGCUGCUGCUGCUGCUGUGCCGAGUGUGGUGGCGCCUCGGAGGCCUCAGCCGCCGGCGGCUCGGACAACAAGCUCAAGACCGAGCUGCCCUCCUCCAUCUAUUUCCACAAGCCCAGGGAGUCGCCCCCGCUCCUGCCCCUGGGCACGCCUUGCUGAGGCCAGGCUGCAGCCUGGGGGGGGGGGUGGCGCGGGAGCAGGGGCCAGGUGGGGCAGGGCGGGUGCCCCCCCAGCCUGUGUCUGGUGUUUCUGGCCCCACAGUUCUUGCUUCUCUGCCCGUCUUGCUGUCUAGAGGUGGACUUGGUCCCUCUUGUGGGGGUUCGGGUGUGCCAAAGCCCCUUCCCCCAGCAGGGCCUUCCCCGGCUGUCUCUUGGCGUCUCCCAGCCCUGUCCUCGGUGGGUGGUAAUGCUUCCAGGUCCUUAGAACUGCUAGAAACUCUCAGUCCCCCAGCUGGGAGCCAGAACUUCACCUGCCUCUGUCUUGGAAUCUGCUGUACUUUAGUUGGCUGCUCUCUAAGCGUUGCCUGCUGACUCUCAUCCAUCCUAGAAUAGGGGGCCCUUUGGGGGCCAGUCCUGCCUGGCUCUUCUCUGGACCAGGUCUGCCCUAGCCUUAGACAUCUCCUCCCGGCACCUUCUCUUCUUCCGGAGGAUUUCUCUCUCUUUCUUCU